AUGAGCUGUCAGAUUUCUUGCAAAUCUCGAGGAAGAGGAGGAGGAGGUGGAGGAUUCCGGAGCUUCAGCAGUGGCUCUGCAGUGGUCUCUGGUGGGAGCCGGAGGUCGGGCAGCAGCUUCUCCUGCUUGAGCCGCCAUGGUGGUGGAGGCGGUUUUGGCAGCCAGAGUCUUGUUGGCCUUGGAGGGACCAAGAGCAUCUCCAUGAGUGUGGCCGGUGGAGGCGGAGGUUUUGGCUCCUGUGGUGGAUUGGGCGGCAGAGGAGGCGGUUUCGGAGGUGGCUUCGGAGGUGGCUUCGGAGGUGGCAGUGGCUUCGGAGGUGGCAGUGUCUUCGGAGGUGGCGGUGGUUUUGGAGGUGGCAGCGGCUUCGGAGGAGGCAGCGGCUACGGAGGCGGCGGCUUCGGAGGCGGUGGUUUUGGCGGAGGCCGCUUUGGAGGUGGCGGUGGUUUUGGAGGUUUUGGUGGGCCUGGAGGUUUUGGUGGGCCUGGCGGCUUUGGGCCUGGAGGAUUUCCUGGUGGAGGUAUCCACGAAGUCUCCAUCAACCAGAGCCUCCUACAACCUCUCGAUGUGAAAGUUGACCCAGAGAUCCAGAAUGUGAAGUCUCAGGAGCGAGAGCAGAUCAAAACUCUCAACAACAAGUUUGCUUCCUUCAUCGACAAGGUGCGAUUUCUGGAACAGCAGAACCAGGUGCUGCAGACCAAAUGGGAGCUGCUGCAACAAAUGAAUGUGGGCACCCGUUCCAUCAACCUGGAGCCCCUCUUCCAGGAGUACAUUGCCAACCUCCAGAGAUAUGUGGAUAAGCUCUCUUCGGAAAGGAUGUCACAGGACUCAGAGCUGGACAACAUGCAGGAUCUAGUUGAAGAUUAUAAGAAGAAGUAUGAGGAUGAAAUCAACAAGCGCACAGCUGCUGAGAAUGAUUUCGUGACACUUAAAAAGGAUGUGGAUGGUGCCUACUUGACCAAGGCCGAUCUGCAGAGCAGGGUGGGCAUAUUGAACUCGGAAGUCGACUUCCUGAAGACCCUCUACAAUGCGGAGCUGUCCCAGGUGCACCAAAGCAUCACUGACACCAACGUCAUCCUGUCCAUGGACAACAACCGGCACCUGGACCUGGACAGCAUCAUCUCCGAGGUUCAGGCCCAAUAUGAGGAGAUUGCCAAGAAGAGCAAGGACGAGGCCGAGGCGCUGUACCAGACCAAGUAUGAGGAGCUCCAGGCCACUGCUGGAAAACAUGGAGAUAGCCUGAGAGAGACCAAGAUGGAGAUCAGUGAACUAAACCGCAUGAUCCAGAGGCUACAGGGGGAGAUCGCCCAUGUGAAGAAGCAGUGUAAGAGUGUACAAGAAGCCAUUGCAGAUGCUGAACAGAAGGGAGAGAAUGCCCUGAAAGAUGCCAAGCACAAGCUUGAAGACCUGGAGGAGGCCCUGCAGCAGGCCAAGGAGAACCUGGCCCGGCUGCUGCGGGACUACCAGGAGCUGAUGAACACCAAGCUGGCCCUGGACGUGGAGAUCGCCACCUACCGCACGCUGCUGGAGGGCGAGGAAUGCAGGAUGUCCGGAGACCUCAGCAGCAGCGUGACUGUGUCUGUGACAAGCAGCACCAUUUCUUCAAAUGCAACAUCCAAGUCUGGCUUUGGGGGCUAUGGCUCUGGAGGUAGAGGAUCUGGUUCUGGAGGAGGAGGAGGAUACAGCUCUGGGAGCGGCAGAGGGUCCGGUUCCAGAGGUGGCGGCGGCGGAGGCUACAGCACUGGUGGUGGUUCCAGAGGAGGCUCUGGCUCCGGAGGCUAUGGCUCUGGCGGUGGUUCUGGAGGAAAACAUGGCUCUGGAAGUGGUUCUAGAGGAGGCUCUGGUUCUGGAGUAGGAUAUGGCUCUGGUGGUGGCUCCAGAGGGGGUUCCAGCACUGGAGGAGGAUACAGUUCUGGAGGUGGCUCUAAAGGAGGCUCUAGCUCUGGAGGAGGAGGUUCUGGUUCAGGUGAAGGCUAUGGUUCCAGUGUGACCUUCUCUUUUAGAUAA